AUGCAUCAGGGUAAACCUACUGGAUUUGAGGAGUACUAUGUUGAUGCGCCUAUAACCCCAAAGGAGUUCGAGGAGGAGAAAGCACUUUAUGACAGUUGCAUCGAGGAUGCCAUCCUACGCUACCAGAAGAAUCGUCGCUUGGAGCCGGACAGGCGCGAGGUGUUUUUGAAGUACCUAGCAUAUGGAGGAGUCGAUGUUGGCCCAAAGAUGUUUGCGGGAGUGGAUGAACGCGAACUCCAGCAGCUUGACAGUGAGCAAGCUCUCAUUGCUAAAGGGCAGGCCAGCAUUCACCGAGCCUGUUCCGAUCUCACUGUUGAUUUCAAUGCAGUCGUGACGGGUUACUUGACAUCGUACUUCCCUUACUUCUUUAACCCUGAGAGUGAGGAUAUGGUGAAGCUGGCAACUGUCACAAUCCGAAAUUUUCUGUCCUAUCUCCUCUAUCAUAAUGUGUGCCCGAAGUAUAAAGAGAACAUCGAUGAGGCGCGCAAGUCAUGCGACAUUGCGAACAACGAGCUGUGGCAAAACCAGAAAUUCGCAACAUUAAGCCCUGGUGACUUCAACAAAGGCUGCUCUACCCUCUUUGGUGGUUACUUCUAUAAUGUCCAAGUUGAGGAGAAUAACUGGAACAAGAGAACGGACACCUUCCUUAUGAAAACUGACGUCGCUCAUAAGGUGGUUAAGUUUGCUUUAGCUGGUUCAGGAACAGACGCCCAAGCCCUUCGAUUCCAGGAGUUGGUGAAUCAGGAAGCUUUGCAUUGCGCACUUAUCCAGGACAUUCAUGGCUUUGAAGUGACUGCGGUUUCUCCUCCCACACCAGAUGUUCACGAAUUCUACAAGCGGCACGCACCCGAUCUGAACCCCGUGGGCAAAUUGAUGGGGAAAGCGUACCUUGAUCCUGGCAAGCCUCGUUAUGACUUCAGUGUUGAAGACAGGCUGCAAUGGGAACGCGAGAUCGCCUCAUUGCCUGAUUUUGAAUUCUUCCUAGAAGAAGAUCUGCUCAAGCUCUGUUACGUGGGAAUGAAAGUGAUCACUCAAGUGUGGGAGCUCAAUUGCGGGUUCAACUUCUUCGAAGAUGUUCAUACAGUUUACUGCUCGAACUACACAGUCCUCUGUAACGAUCUUAUGCUGGGUUGGAAGAAGCCGGUUGACUCGACUGCGGGCGGUCAGGAUGAUGCUGAUGAGACUGAGAUGGAGGAUGAUGGCGCCGGGAAGAAGGGAGAUGAGAAGGCGUUGUAA